AUAGGUUAUUAGUUGAUAUUUGUCAUUUUUAGGUUCUAAACUCUUUACUCUCUCACACACUCACUCUAGAGCAGCAAGAAGGAUCCAAUGUUUUCUUAAACUGCACUUAGAACUGUCACUUUCUCUCACAUUCAUAUUUUCAUUUUCCCGGCAACACUACAAAACCCUAAAUUUCCAGAUUCAAUUGAAUGGAGAGAAAAGGGAUCAACAAUAAUGAUUACAGUUCAGAAGACGAAGGAACUCAACACUAUAGACGUGGUGGUUACCAUGCGGUUAAAAUUGGCGAUACUUUCAACAAUGCUCGCUAUGUUGUUCAAUCUAAGCUUGGUUGGGGUCAUUUUUCCACUGUUUGGCUUGCUUGGGAUACUCUCAAAUCGCAUUAUGUGGCCCUUAAAAUUCAAAAGAGCGCGCAGCAUUACACUGAAGCUGCAAUGGAUGAAAUAAAGAUUCUCAAACAAAUUGAAGAGGGAGACCCUGAUGGCAAGAAAUGUGUUGUGAAGCUUUUGGACCACUUUAAGCAUUCAGGGCCUAAUGGCAUGCAUGUGUGUAUGGUUUUUGAAUUCCUUGGGGAUAAUCUUCUCACCCUUAUCAAAUAUAGUGACUAUCGUGGAGUUCCUCUUUCCAUGGUUAAAGAAAUAUGUUUUCAUAUUUUAGUGGGCUUGGAUUAUUUGCACCGCGAGCUUUCUGUCAUACACACUGAUUUGAAGCCAGAGAAUGUGUUGCUUCUUUCACUGAUAGAUCCGUGUAAGGAUCCAAGGAAAUCAGGUGCUCCACUUAUCCUUCCAAACACCAAGGAUAAGGCUUUGGCUAAUAAUGGUACUAUCCAAAACAGUAAAAUUGGGAAUGGAGAUCCGACAAAGAACCAGAAGAAGAAAAUGCAGGUAAACACUAAGAGGGUGGCUCAAGGCUGUAUUGAGAAGGAAAGUCCAGAGGAAGCUAGGGAGGACUUUAAAGAACCCGAGCAGGAAACUUGUAAAAAUCAUGUGAAAUCAAGAGUAGAAUCUUCUGAAAACAAACCCAAUAGUUCUUUCAGUGAGGGUGAAUCAACACAAACUUUUGAAAAGGAUGCUGCACAAGGAAAUCAUGGAAAUAGGAAAGGUAGCCGUUCCAUGAGAAAGAAACUGCUGGCAGCUGUUGAUCUUAAGUGCAAGCUGGUUGAUUUUGGUAAUGCUUGUUGGACUUAUAAACAGUUCACAAGUGAUAUUCAGACAAGGCAAUAUAGGUGUCCUGAGGUUCUUCUUGGAUCUAAAUACUCUACUCCAGCAGAUAUGUGGUCCUUUGCUUGCAUUUGCUUUGAGCUUGCCACAGGAGAUGUUCUUUUUGAUCCUCACAGCGGUGACAACUAUGAUAGGGAUGAGGAUCAUCUGGCAUUGAUGAUGGAACUUCUUGGAAAGAUGCCUAGCAAGAUUGCACUUGGUGGCCGCUAUUCCCGAGAAUUUUUUAAUCGACACGGUGAAUUGAGGCACAUCCGCGACUUGCGGUUCUGGCCACAUCAUAAGAUUCUGACGGAAAAGUAUAAUUUCAGUGAACAAGAUGCAAAUGACAUGGCUGACUUCCUUCGUCCAAUACUUGAUUUUGACCCUGAAAAGAGACCAACAGCUGCUCAGUGUCUUAGCCAUCCAUGGUUCAGCGCAGGACCCAGAACUCUUGAGCCCUCACGGACUAAUAUGCAACCUGAUGGAAUCAACAUGGAUUCAUUUGAAAAGAGAAAGAAGGAACAAGAAAAGGCUGAGCAUGAGUUGGUGGAAGUUGGUGUGAGGAAUAUAGCCAUUGAUGGAUCUCCUGUGUCACUCAAAGACUCCCAACCUGUAAAGUCAUCAACAUAGAUGUAAAUCGGCUUGUCGUCAACAAUGCCAUUAAUGAAGAAUAUGCAACCUGUUUUUUUUUUUUUUUUUUUUUUUUGUUUUUUUUUGCGUUGGUACUUCUUGUUUGUUCUUGGAACUUCAAUUCUAUGGAAGAGCAUUGUUAGCAACAUACUCUUCUAUUGGUUGAAAUUCAAAUGGAUUCCACUAAAUCAUGUAGGCAUCGUAUGAAUUUCAACCAAAAAAAGAGUGUGUUGAAAGUGUGUUCGAUAGUGUGUUGUUGGCAUAAUUUUUCUUAGCAAAGAUUUGUACAUUUUGAA